AUCUGCUCAAACUCAACCACCAUUCAAAUUAAACGAUUCAUCAUCUCUCAAAUUUCAUUCCCUUUAUUAUUGUUCUCUCCCACUGCCGCCAAUUCCAUUCCACUUCAAUCUCAACAACAAAAAUGGUACAAGUAUCCACCAAUAAUGCAAACAAACUUUUGUCCAAAUUAGCCAAAGGAAAUGGCCAUGGAGAAGACUCUCCAUAUUUUGAUGGCUGGAAGGCUUACGAUACUGAUCCUUUUCAUCCAAUUAUCAAUCCUCGUGGAGUUAUUCAAAUGGGUUUGGCUGAAAAUCAGCUUUCUUUUGAAUUCGUGGAGAAAUGGAUGAUUAACAAUCCACAAGCUUCGAUUUGUACUGUGGAAGGAGUUUAUGAUUUUAAAGAUAUAGCUAUCUUCCAGGAUUAUCAUGGAUUGCCUGAGUUUAGAAACGCUGUGGCGAAUUUCAUGGGCAAAGUGAGAGGAAACCGAGUUAAAUUUGAUCCUGACCGAGUUGUGAUGAGUGGUGGAGCAACGGGAGCUCAUGAAACGGUGGCGUUUUGUUUGGCUGAUCCUGGUGAAGCAUUUCUGGUGCCUGUUCCUUAUUAUCCAGGAUUUGACAGAGAUUUAAGGUGGAGAACAGGAGUGGAAAUAGUUCCAGUAAUAUGUGAAAGUUCAAACAACUUCAAACUAACAAGAGAAGCCUUAGAAACAGCAUACGAGGAAGCUGAAAAAUCCAACAUAAAAAUCAAAGGCCUACUCAUAACAAAUCCUUCAAAUCCACUUGGCACAGUUUACGACAGACAAACACUCGAAAUGGCUGUAAGGUUUAUCAACGAAAAGAACAUCCACUUAGUGUGCGACGAAAUCUAUGCUGCCACUGUCUUUGCAGAGCCUGGCUUCAUUAGUAUCUCCGAAGUGAUUGACAACGACUUUAUUGAAUGCGAUAGAAAUCUUAUCCAUGUUGUUUACAGCCUCUCCAAGGACAUGGGAUUCCCUGGAUUCCGUGUCGGCAUUAUCUACUCCUACAACGAUGCUGUUGUCACUUGUGCUCGUAAGAUGUCGAGCUUCGGCCUCGUCUCCUCACACACACAAUAUUUGAUCGCGUCGAUGUUGUCUGAUGAUGCGUUUGUUGAUAGCUUUCUCGCUGGAAGCGUUGAAAAGCUUGCUUUACGUCAUCGUAACUUUACCAAAGGACUGGCUCAGGUGGGAAUUGGAUAUUUGAAAGGAAGUGGAGGAUUAUUUUUGUGGAUGGAUUUACGUCAUCUUUUGAAAGAGAAGACAUUGGAAGCAGAAAUGGCAUUAUGGAGGGUGAUUAUCAAUGAAGUUAAAUUGAAUGUGUCGCCAGGUUCUUCAUUCCAUUGCUCAGAGCCAGGAUGGUUUAGAGUUUGCUUUGCAAACAUGGAUGAUAAUACAAUGGAUAUUGCCAUAACUAGAAUUAGAAACUUUGUGCUUCAAAACAAGGAGCUAACAACUAAGGUUAAGAAACAGAAAUUCUGUUGGCGUCAAAGCAGCCUCGAACUUCGAUUAUCGUCUCGAAGACUCGAAGACAUCAUGUCACCACACUCGCCAUUGCCUCAAUCCCCGAUGCUCCGUGCAACAACUUAGACACAAGACAAACAAUGUCAAUCAGUGUCAGUCAUAUUGUGACAACCUUAAUUCGAUGAAAAUUUCCAUUACUGUCUCAAGGAUUUUGACAAAGUUUUAAAUUAACAAGUUUUACGUACUAAUCAAAAUUUAAACUCUCAUUUGUGAGUUGUGGGUUUUUCAAAGUGAUUCAUCUCAUGGGUUGUUGCUUUGACACUGUUAGGGUUUGAAUAAUUUUUUUCCAUAAGUUUUCAACCGUAGAAUAUGGCCUUUUCUGAUUUCCCAAUAAUUUGGAGAACUUGGGGGCCUAUUUGUAAUUGCAUGUGUUGUGAGAGUUUUGUGGGUUUUGUAUUUGCAUGCAUUUGCAUUUGUUUCUUUCCCUUUUCUUUUUUCUCUCCUCUAGUUUUUCAGUCAUCAAAAUGGAUGGGUGUGGAAAGUGAAAGAGGGUUUGUUACUACUUGUAAGAAGCAUUCAUACAAAAGGAAUAACAAGCAAGUUUGUUUCUAUUUA